CGUCACGAUUCUGUACAGCUUCUACCAUAGCCCUAUAGCGUCACAAGAACCGCUAGUAACAUGGGGAAACCGGGCGUUCGUCUCGUCGACGAGGAUAACUUUUACCCCGAAAAGUAUAGCACGAACUGCAAGAGAUGCUCGGAUGUUGUCAAGAAAGUGUGUCCCGCCCCCGCUUUCUCUGGUCUCCCCUGUGAUAUUUGCAUCGAUGCCAACGUCGAGUGCGAAUGGAAACCGGUCCUGCCUAGGGGGCUAUCGAGGAACGUCACGGCUUCCAAGGUCAUCCUGCAAGCCUGGCGUACCGGUGUAGCUAUACCCAAGCAAACGCGGGGCAGCCAACAGAAAGGCAAGCAUCAGGAGGAUGAUAGCGACGAGGAUGAUUUCUCGCCUCCGCCUGCAAAGCGCAGCAACACUUCAAAGAGAGGCAAGCUGGACGCCGAGUUUCUUCCUCUGCCGGAGUUGAGGGAGCUGGGCGCAGGAAGGCAUCGGCCCGAGGCUACGGCCGGUCCUUCUCGCCUAGAUCGAGGCAGGGAGGAGGAACCCAAAUCGAAGACGUUUGAUUUCUUCGAUGGAGACAAAUUCGCUCGACCUAGCAAGCGAUCUCGACCGGACGACGUACCUCCAAAGCGGCCUGAAAGGGAAAGAGAAGUACAGAGGAACGCUCAAAAUAGACGCGAUUCUUCUGGCUCUUCCGAUCUCAGCGAGCCUUCCCCUUCACAAGAAGUAAGGGCGACAAAGACGCCCAGGAAAGAAAUUCGCGACGAGCCUUCUUCGUCGAAGCGUCGAUCAUCACCGCCUUCAGCUAGCUUACCCAAAGCCAGGGAGCUGGAUCGGACAGUCUCGGGCACGAGCACUACUCACACGCCGGUUCCCUUGAAAAAGAAACGUGUCGUUCAAUCGGACUCCGAGGACGACUACCAGGAGCCCGAACCGAGCAAAAAAAGAGUCGAUGACGAGGACAAGGAUGUCCGGAAGGAGAAGAAGCCGAGGUUGAGCUUUGGUGAAGGCGAUGACACGCCGAGGAAGAAUCCUAGGGGGGAGGAUGGUCGACCUAAGCCUAAGCAGCGACGUGAUCUAGCGGAGAGGGAGGUGGCGAGAACGGACCGCGGAGGUGAUGUCGAGUCAAAGAAGGUCAGACGGGAUGAAGUGGUGGAUGUUGACAAGAUGGAUCGAGGGGAAAGGGAAUUACCAAAGAAGGUUAGGCGAGAUGAGCGGGAUGAGACUACGAGAGUCAGACGGGACGAGCGCGACGAGAGCGAGAGAAGACCUCGCGACGAACGGGAUCGCGAGAGGGAUGGAGACAGGCCCAAGAAGGAUAAAUGGGACGACAGGGACGAUCACAAGAAGAUCAAGCGAGAUGAUAGGGAUGACGAAUCGGUGGACCCGGCGCGCAAGAAGCGCCGGUUGAGCGAUGACGCGAAACCGGUGAACGAGCCGAGUCAACAGAAGAACAAGCAACACUCGGCGAUCGCUCAACGAGCUUUGGACCCAAAGCGAGCCAAACCCGACACACCUACACAAGGAGGAGAACCGUCCCCUGUAGCCAGGAAGCCUGCUAGAGGUUUCGGUAGUACGUCAGGAAAGAGUACGCCAGCUGGAAAGAAUUCGGGGUCGUCCGGGGACAAGGUGAUGGAUCUGUUGUCGGCGAGUCUUGCUGGAGCCUCUCCUGCCUAUGCAAGUUCCCUGGGCGUGACGUCUUCGUUAGGGAGGGAUCGAUAUAGCACCAGAAUGGAUCGUACGCCGGCUAAACCGAUUGCUCCUGUUGUGCAAGUGACGAGGGGUACACUCAAUCUCAUGGGUACUAUCAAGUCGAUCUCGGAUUUCCAGACCGCCGCCAAACGACGCUACGCGCAUUCCUAUGGACUCCAGCCCGUUGGAACCGCCAAGAGCACGCAGACGACCGCCUUUAUGAACCGCUUUCGCGAGCAACGGGCUCGUGGAGCCUACCACAACAGUUUGGCCAACCUCUUGACAAUACCCGACACCAGCUUGCCGCCCAAAGAAGCGAAGCCCCUCAGCGAGGUGCAACAAUGGCUACAAGUGCACGGUACUGCCCCUUUGGCUCCAUUGAAGACGUCAGCACCUGUCGUCCGAAUCACACCGGCCGAAUCGAUCGAACCGGCAUCUACCGAACCUGUACAAGGAGAACCUUCCGAGCCGAUGACGAACAGCCCAAUCGUGCUCUAAUCAGAUAGACAUUCUAGAUCAUCGUCGGUGACCGGAAAUCGUCCGGCAACAUGAACAGGAACAGAACCAACCUAGAGCAAGAAAACAUAACGACAAGAACGAAUAUGAGCGACAACAGCUCUCACUGUAUCUAUCAUACGAACAGCGAUUUGGCAGACCCCGUCGUGA